CAGCUGUUAGUUCGAUUUUCAGCUGUGUGGAUUGGAAAUGAAAUGGUGAAGCUGUGGCUAGGCAAAACUAUGCGCUGUUUCGUAAAUUCCCUCAUAAGAUGAUAAUAUUUAAUGGUGCAAUGAUACUUUGUUACCUGACUGCUCAACAGCUAUAUUAUUCCUAGUAUUUCAAAAAAAGAGAAUACUAUGCCUCCUCCUGCACGUCCUGGAAGUCUGAAAGACCCUGAGAUUGCUGACCUCUUCCAGAAAGAAGAUCCUGAAAAAAUCUUUGAUGAUCUUCGAGAAAUCGGCCAUGGAAGUUUUGGUGCUGUCUACUAUGCCCGUUGCCUUAUCACCAAAGAAAUUGUCGCUAUCAAGAAGAUGUCGUAUUUGGGUAAACAGAGCUUGGAAAAGUGGCAAGAUAUCUUAAAAGAAAUUCGUUUUUUGAGGCAGUUGAACCACCCUAACACAGUUGAGUACAAGGGGUGUUACUUACGCGACCACACGGCAUGGUUGGUCAUGGAGUAUUGCCUCGGUUCUGCUUCAGACAUAAUAGAAGUUCAUAAGCGACCACUUAAGGAAGAGGAGAUUGGUGCAAUCUGUGAAGGAGUUUUGCAGGGUUUGCAUUAUUUGCACUCCUUGGAUAGAAUUCAUCGAGAUAUAAAAGCAGGUAAUAUACUUCUCACCGAAAAUGGAACAGUCAAGCUGGCAGACUUUGGCUCUGCCAGCAUCAAGUGCCCAGCAAACAGUUUUGUGGGCACCCCGUAUUGGAUGGCCCCUGAAGUCAUCCUUGCCAUGGACGAAGGCCAAUACGACGGCAAAGUCGAUGUCUGGUCACUGGGAAUCACUUGUAUAGAACUUGCUGAGAGAAAGCCGCCAUACUUCAACAUGAAUGCUAUGAGUGCUUUAUACCACAUAGCGCAGAACGAUACUCCCGUUCUUCAGUCUCCUGAGUGGAGUGACACUUUUAGGCAUUUUGUUGAUUCUUGUCUGCAGAAAAACCCAUUAGAACGACCCACUUCUGGGAAACUUCUAUCACAUUCAUUCGUUGGUAGUGGUAGGUCUCCUCAUGUUUUAAUAGACUUGAUUCAGCGAACCAAAGCAGCAGUUCAUGAGCUAGAUAACCAAAAUUAUAGAAAAACAAAAAAGAUCCUUAUGAUAGAUUCUUGUGAAAGUGAAAGCACAGUAGGAGAUCCCGACGACACACCCGAUGAACAGACUGGAGCAGAUAGCAGCAAGAGUGACAGCAUAACAUCUGAACAUUCUGUGCAGUCAAUGGGCGUAAGUGCUUCGUCUCAAGGCAGCUCUACAAACAGCAUUCCACCAGCACCCGAAGUCAACCAUGACAAUUACCCUCCCUCCAUGCGGAACCGUCACAAAGGGAGCAAUUCUAGUGCUUUGGUGGAGCAUGGGCCUAACAAUUUCGCAACUCUGAGAACUACUUCGAUCGUCACAAAACAGCAGAAAGAGCAUAUGCAGGAAGAAAUGCACGAGCAGAUGACGGGAUACAAGAGAAUGCGCAGAGAGCAGCAAGGUGCGUUGAUCAAGUUGGAGGAAAAAUGUAAAGUCGAAAUGGACAAUCACAAGCAAGUGUUGGACAAAGAGUAUGAAGCUCUCUUGCAACAGUUCAGCAAAGAGUUGGAAAAAUUACAGAUAAAACAUCAGCAAGAGCUCGAAAAGAAAAUGAAACACAAUGCUUCAGCUGAGAAGAAACUUUACAAAGAAAUCAGCAGCCGUCAAGAACAGGAUAGGAAAGUGUUUGAUGCUCAGAGGAAGAAGGAAUUCAAGGCGAAUAAAGAAAGGUGGAAACGGGAACUCAGUCAAGACGAUUCAACACCUAAAAGACAAAAAGAUGCCGCACUCCAAAGUCAGCAAGAAAAUCUGAAGCAGAUAGAAGCGAGAGAAGAGCAAAGGUUAGUAUUAGGCCAAAAAGAGUAUUUGGAAUUGGAAAUAAGAAAAUUUCACCGUAAAAAGUUGCUGGCUUUCCAUAGUCUAGAACAAGAACUGUUAAGGGAAGAAUUGAACAAGAGACAAACACAGUUAGAGCAAGCUCACUCAAUGCUAUUACGCCAUCACGAGAAAACCCAAGAAUUGGAAUAUCGUCAACAAAAAGCAGUUCACCAAUUGAGAGAAGAACAGGUUUUAAGACAGCAUCAAAUAGAGCAACAAAAUCAGCAUGACUACAUGACACGGGCAGAGAGAGAUCUCAAAAAGAAGCACGCUUUGGAGUUGAAACAACAACCGAAAAGCUUGAAGCAAAAAGAAAUGCAGAUUCGAAAACAGUUCAGAGAAACAUGCAAGAUACAAACCAGACAGUAUAAAGCUCUCAAAGCGCAGAUUCUUGCUACAACACCGAAAGAUGAACAAAAAGCAGUCAUAAAAAAGUUAAAAGAAGAACAGAGGCGCAAACUUGCACUGCUUGGAGAGCAGUAUGAGCAGAGCAUUGCUGAAAUGCUCCAGAAGCAGUCAAUUAGACUGGACGAGUCACAAGAAGUAGAAUGUCAGCAUCUUAAGGAUAGGCUGCAUUACGAGCUUGAGAUCUUGAUGGCAUAUCAAAGUAAAAACAAGAUGCAAGCCGAGGCUCAGAGGAAUAGGGAGAGGAAGGAGCUUGAAGAUCGAGUUGCAGUGAGGAAGUCACUUCUCGAGAGGAAAAUGGAGAUGGAAACGACACAGUUUCUUCAGGAACGAUCGGAGAGGAUUCGUCUCCUUCAUGAGAGGCAAGACAGAGAAUUGGAGGAUUUUGAUGAGGAGUCAGCGAGGCUGGGAUUCAGUGCUCUAGCGAUCGCAGAAGCUUCCAAGGAGUCUUAUCCUGAUGACGAUAGCCUCUCCGGCAGCAUGCUCAGCCUAGCGCAUAGCAACUGUCCCAACCCCUAGUCGUAACAAAUCAAUAUGUACAUUAACAGUUUUUAGAAGCAUUUUUAAUUUAGGAACAUUUGAUUAAUGUUUGUAAGCGAUUUAUAUAUGCAUUCAAUAUUAAAUUGUGUAAAAUAGCGAUGUGGGAAGCAUAAAAAGUAUGUACAGUUAACUCUAAAUUUGCAACGAUAAAGAAAUGGCCCAGCCAUUUUACACCAUAGCAUUAAAACCGUUAUGGUAUAAAGAAUUCCUUAAAGUAUAAGGUUUAAAUAACUUAUAGAUAUAUAUUAAAGCUUAAAGGUCUAUUCAAUAUAAAUUGUAAUUUUAGAUUUACCUAUGCAAAGACAUAUUUUCACUUGUAAAUGAGUCAUUGUCAUUAAGUUUGUACUCUGUGACGGAUAUAAACACUUUUUUUGUUUUUUUCUAAAACAAGGUUUUUUUAUUCGUUCAAACCUUAAAAGCUAUUUUUUUGUCCUACAUAACACAAUAAUUAAAACCUUCAGACUAGGCUUGUAAUAAUACAUAUAGAAAUAAUAAGCAUACUGUACAAAAAACAUCACUCAUUCAAUAAUAAAAAAUGUAACUUAAAAUAGAACUCUUAAUUCAUUAAAAUGUACUGUAACAUAUGUUCAAUUAUUGAAUUGUGGAUUGACUACUGAAUAUCAUACAUCGGGUAUUAUUUUUCAUUGGAUGUGUGACACAUUAACAAUUACAAUUUUUCUAGUAGCGAAAAUUGAUUCCAGGACAUUUUAAGGCUAGGCCUAUCAUAAUAAAAUAAAAAUAAUGAAUCUAUCUUUUGGGUUGAUACUAAAAUGAAUUGGAAAUAUGGACACAUAUUAUUAAUUUAGAUUUAAUAGCUUCAAUUGUAAUAACAACAAAUGUUGUGUGCUUAAAAUCACAUUUAGUUCUGUUGAUUGAAGUAUAUUCAUUUGCUAAUUUUACUUUUUACUUUAAACAUAUAUAAUUUAAAAUAUUUUGUCAUAUAUUUAAAGUACACAAUUUUUAUAAAAAUAAUAAGCUUAUUAUUGGUUUUAUUGUGCAAUAAGUUACAGGCAGACGGUGAUUCAACAUGAGUGAUAAACAUAUGAACGCAAUAUUAUUGAUGAUAUUUUACCCCAUCUUGAGGAAUGAAGUAAAAUUGAUAAAGAUUUGUUUCUAAAUAUUUUAAACCUUAAUAUAACUUGAUUAACCACUUGUAUAAAUUUGUAUUGCAAUAUUAUGUAGGUUUAUUGCAAUAUGCUGACACAUUUCUGAAUAGACUAGAUAAUAUUAUAUAAAUAUUAUAUAUAAGGAACAAUAAAUGCUGAUGUCUUUGUAAUCCUUGGUAUAACAAGUCACAUGUUUUUAUGUGAUGUUUUUAUAUAGAAAAUAAUUAAGCCUAAUAUUUUGUACAUAGUAAAUAAACGCUUUUGUCAUGCAUGAGUGAUGGGAAAUUGUUUUAAUGGCUGAUAAUCCUUAUUGUUCGUUUUGUAGGAUGAGAUGUGUGGUUCAUAUGCAGCUUUAGUGUGUCCUCCGAUUAGCACUUUUAGAAGGAGAAUAAAUUAAUUUUAAUCUCAAACUUGUGUUUAUCGAUGUAAAAUAUUUUAUACAUAUAAUUUAUUUGUUUUCUUCAGUUUUACACUUUAUGUAGUUAAUUGUCUUUUUUUCACUUUUAGUAAAACUUGGUGUUUUUUUUUAAGAUAGUGAAGAGAACCCUCGUGGAAUGAUCUUAAGUUUGUGCUGGUACAUUUUAACGUUUCCCAAUUAAUUAAAACAAUUUCCUAUUUUUACAUUAAUUCUAUAAAUAUUUAAGUUAAUCAUUAGUGUAGAAUUUAUCGCAUUAUAAAUAUAUUGCUUUAUAAACAGUGUUAUUGUUAUAUAUUCAUCUUUGCCCACAUUCUAAUGUAAUAUUUUUUAACAACACUUGAAAAUUCUUUUAUUGGUUACUUCUAAUUUGUCUCGUCCUCGUCUUGUUUGGGUUUAAAUGUCACUUUUUACAUUUUUUGUAAUAUAGGAAAUCUUACAAGCACUCUUUUGGUUUGUUUAAAAAAAUAUGUCUAAUUUUAUGUUAGCCAAUUGCUGAAAUAUUUAUUAUAAUUCAUGCUUACA